AUGGUUAUUUUUCUUCUCUCUUUGAGGCUCACCGAUAUCCCACAAUUCUCAUUGGCAAAAAUCUUAAUGAAUACUCGUGAGGCAUGUAUGAAUGCACUCAUGGAAGCUACAAUGAAUAGCGGUAGGAGAAAGCGGAGCGGGGUGGUAGAUCGACGGUAUAAAGAAGAGAAGCACUUUCAGAAGAAGAAACACAAGAACGCUACUCCAAAGACUCUAACGUUGCUUCCGAUUCAUCGUAAUUUUCAAGGUAGAAUGGCGACGUUCGAACUUUACCGUAGGUCUACGAUUGGAAUGUGCCUCACCGAGACUUUGGAUGAGAUGGUUCAGAAUGGAACUCUUAGUCCUGAGCUUGCUAUUCAGGUUCUGGUUCAGUUUGAUAAGUCUAUGACUGAGGCUCUGGAAACUAAAGUUAAGAGCAAGGUUUCUAUCAAGGGACAUCUCCAUACAUACAGAUUUUGUGAUAAUGUUUGGACUUUCAUCUUACAAGAUGCUCUGUUGAAGAAUGAAGACAGCCAAGAGAAUGUUGGACGGGUUAAAAUAGUGGCAUGUGACUCAAAGUUGCUCAGUCAGUAA